GUGUCUGUGACGUGGCGGGGUGGCGGGCUGUGAGUUCCCGGCGGCUCAUCGGGUGGGCGGGGAACGACGGCGACCGGCCUCGCCUGCAUCCCUGUGGGACUUGGAGGAGGGCGGGCCGAGCCCGCAGGAGCCCCGCGGCCCGAUGGCGCCGUCCGUGGACCCGACGCAGUUGCUUAUUUAGGAUGUGUUUCCAGCCCUGGAUCCUGAGCGCCUGUUGCUGCCCUAUGCCAAGACCUAGAACGGCCUGGGCUUGUAAAAGAACUGCCUAGUGAAGUGGGAAUGGUUAAUUGUACUGAUAUGGAAGUCAAGGCUUAGAGAAAUGAUGGGAUGUCUGCCCCAUGGUCACAGCUGAUCACCUACUGUCUGCCCCCAUGGUCUUCAUGGGAAUGCUACUGUCUGUUAUCUCCAGCAGCUUCCCAGAGGAGGUUUUCUCUCAGCCAUGAUUGCAUUAUGUCCAAAGGCUGCACGUAUCUCCCCCUUGAGCCCAGCACAGAGCUCUGCUCUCAGGAGGCCUCAGUCUUGGUGACCUUCAAGGAUGUGGCUGUGACCUUUACCCAGGAAGAGUGGGGACAUCUGGACCUGGACCAGAGGGCCCUGUACCAGGAGGUGAUGCUGGAGACCUGUAGGCUUCUGGUCUCAUUAGGGCAUCCAGUUCCCAAAGCAGAGUUUGCCUACCUGCUGGAGCAUGGGCAGGAGCUGUGGACAGGAAAGGGAGGCCUCUCCCGUAGCACCUGCUCAGGUGACAGCGUGAGACUUCAGACCAGGGACCCAAGCACUCCUCAGCCGGUUUUGUCUAAGGGAGCCUUGCUCCAGGGAAGCCUGACUCAGGGAUCUUCAAAGGACUCCAGGUUGGCGCACGCCAAGGAUUGGGAAGGGCUUGUGGAAAUGCAGAAAGGUCGGUUGAAGCCUGGGACAGAUGCUCAAAAAGAGACCCAUCCUGGGAGAAUGAGCCUUGAAGAUGACGGUUUGGGGACAGAGGAUAAUCUGCACUCCAGGGUGUUACAGGAAAGAGUGUCUCAGGGACAUGUUCUCCAUGAAUGUGACCCACAGGGACGCAGUAAAGGCCAUAUGAUUCAUGCCGGGAAUAUUCUCUACAAAUGCAAGCAGUGUGGGAAGGGUUUUAACCGGAAGUGGUACCUCGUUCGACAUCAGCGGGUUCACACUGGAAUGAAGCCCUAUGAAUGCAAUGCAUGUGGGAAAGCCUUUAGCCAGAGCUCAACCCUUAUUCGCCACUACCUCAUUCAUACCGGGGAGAAACCAUACAAGUGCGUGGAGUGCGGGAAAGCCUUCAAACGCAGGUCCUACCUCAUGCAGCACCAUCCAAUUCACACUGGGGAGAAGCCCUACGAGUGCAGCCAGUGUCGAAAGGCCUUCACCCACCGCUCUACUUUUCUUCGGCAUAACAGGACCCACACUGGAGAAAAACCCUUUGAGUGCAAAGAAUGUGAGAAAUCCUUCAGCAACAGAGCACACCUGAUUCAGCACUACAUCAUCCACACGGGAGAAAAGCCCUAUGAUUGCAUGGAGUGUGGGAAGGCCUUCAGAUGCAGCUCGGAACUCACGCAGCACCAGCGGAUUCACACCGGGGAGAAGCCCUAUGAGUGUGCCCAGUGUGGGAAAGCCUUUCACCGGAGCACGUACCUCCUUCAGCACUCUGUCAUCCACACAGGGGAGACGCCGUACAAGUGCCUCGAGUGUGGGAAGGCCUUCAAACGCAGGUCACACCUCCUGCAGCACCAGCGGGUUCAUACUUGAGAGAAGCGCUCUUGGUGCCGUGAAUGUAGAAAGGCCUUCGCCUGCUGCUCCUCUUCUGUCCGUCAUGAGGGGAGCACAGUGGAGGAAACAAAAACAAAACAAAAACCCUCUCAGUAUAAAGAAUGUCAGAGAGGUUGUUUUUGGGUCUUCAGGCACAUGAGUAGUCAUACUGGAAAGGAGGCCUGUGAUGCAGUGAACAUGAGAAAGCCUCCAGCCACUGCUCUCCGCCCACUCAUCAUGGGGUUCACACUGGAGAGAAUUUCGAGAAGGCAGGUCACCCAUGGGUCCACCUCUGUCAGCGUCCGAGAAAGCCUCAGGUAAACACAUUCUGAACACAACUACUGAGGAGUCUUUAGCCAGAAGAAGAUACUUACCAUCUGAGAAUGUGUAACAAACGGGAACCACAUCCUUGUCAUUACUGUGAGAAAACCUGUGACAGGUCAGCACUUAAGAGUCAGAUGGAAUGGGACACAGCGUAGGCCUUACUGUGAGAAGGAUGUGGGAGACAGGCAGUGGGUACUGUGCACUUAAAAAGACCUCCGACCACAGAUCUUCCCCUUGGUUGAUGCUUGGAAAGCCAUCUCAGCAUUAUUUUUUAAAAGAAGAAGGAAAAGGGGAAGGAAAUCUAGACUAUAAAUGGAAAAAACAAAUGUCUUCACAAACUGUCAGAUUUCCCUGCCAAACCUCUUACAGUUUUUCAUCAGUUUUAUUAUUUUGGCGGGGGAAUGUUGGAGAGAAAGGGUCUUAGCCCUUCAUUUUUAUGUGUAUUUAUGGCUCUUCUGUGUCAAGAAGCUUGGAUCGUGAGGACAACUCUAGAGACAUUUGCUGGAAGCCUUGCUGCAUACAUCUCUACCCACAAGGAGCAUAAUUCUUUGUGAGAAAUGUCAAGUCUGAGUCAUGAGGUACUUGAACUUAGAAGGAGGUAGAAUUCUGAAAGUAACAUCACCUGCCACUUGCCUCUGAUGUCUGAGAGCAGGGUCCGCAUACAACAGCCGCAUUAAAACAUGCUCCCUUGGGACUGCUUAAGGCUUUGGUAUUUAUAAGUAAAACUCCUGUUUCUAUGGUUUUUAAAUGCCCAAUGUUCUCUCUCCCUCCCUAUUUCUUGAUUCCAUUCUGCUCUUCUGUUUCCUUCAUUUGCCCCUGACAAAUGUGGAUGUGGACUUCUCAGCCAGGGCCUAAUUCCUUUGUGUUGUUGGGGUUUCACAGGUUAAUCCUGUGGGGAGGACUAUGUAUUCCCCAGGCCCUCUCCACAGCCUUCUGGGGCUCACAUUAUUGCUAAAAUCAGUGAAAUGAAACACUCAGCUGAGGCAAAGUCAUGAUAUGCCCAGAAAAAUAGUAUUCUCAUCUGAUCUUAUAAAUGUAAAGUCUGGUUUCAAAUAAAGUGUCAAGGAUUUGAAGAGGAGACUCCAGUUGUGUACAUGCAGGGGUUGGGUUUGUGUGGGCUUCACAGUUGCCACCGUGGACUAAUGUUCCCUGGGUGCCAGCAUUGGAGGUGGUCAUUUGAAAUUCAUUCUGUGGACUGUCCUUCAACACUAGUUUUCAAGGUAUACAAGGUAAUCAAUGUUAAUGGGUUAAAAAUGUACAGAAAAAUAUAAAGUGAUCAUUUCCUCACUUGGAGCCUUCCUCACAUCGUUUUAAAAGACUACAUAUACAGUUCACAAGUUCACAUGUUCACAGUGGGCAUGCGCCUAUUUCGUGGCACACAUAGUAUGACUGCCUUCUUGGUGAGUUCAUAAGAGUUUUUGUUUGGAUAGUGUGCGUGGUUUUUUGUUCUUUGGAAAGGACAUUUGACUCAAAGACCCCUGCCCUCUUCUGUCCUCUCUCUGGAGGAUGGUGUGUGUUGUAGCUGUGGUUGUACUUGUGGCUGAGCCUUACUUCAAGAGAGUUGGAGAAACCCCUCUGGAAACAUCAUGGUUUUUAUCAAAGGUUCUUCUUUGCAUGCCUGGAAUGCUGACCCCAGUUUGUUCCAAAGCAGGAGUGAUGCAUUUUCCACUAGAUGGACAUCUGAGGAUUUGUUCCCUCAACUCCAAGGUCUUCCCAUAUAGUCUUAACACGUUCAGUGCCAGGACCUACUAUAUACUUGCUGCUGGCUUGGCAGGGGUCUCCUGAGACCUCCAUCCUUCCUCCACAUGACCACUUCUGUGUUCUGGGCACACUGAGGAGUGGGGUGCCUGGGUGACUGAGGUGGCAGUCCUGUCCUUGAGCACAGAGGGAGCUUGAGGCCUAGGGUAGGUGAGCAGAGUACACUGGAAUCUAAAAAGAGAAGGAAGUUGAGCACACGGCUUUGCUGGAUUCUUAAUCACCUUGAAAAUUUUGUCUCCAAAACAGGAUUCUUCUCCAUUCGUGAGUGCACUCAGGAUACUCAACUUGAAGGGAGGGUGGUAGUGACUUAGUAAAGUUAGGAUAAGCAGCAGAGUGGAUUCUUAUAAAUGGCUAAGAAAGUGAAGGUGACAUUUAGUGCUCCAAGAAAUCAUUUAUUGUAUAUCUUACAAGUGUCUUGGACUCUUAGAUAUAUGAGUUUCACAAAACUGCCGCUUGCAGACGGUGCACGGGAUAAGAAUGAGGCACAAACAAGUCAGCUGCAAGAGAAAGGGAGCAGGGGACGACAGCAGAAAAGACUGUUGCCCCAGAACAACAACAACUCAGUCUCGUUUUUAUUAGGUAUAGACAGUAAUCAACAGAAGGGCCGAAGAAGGCCACACAUUAAUCAUAUGCCUUGUAGAUAAACAAGAAGGAAGGCAAAAUACGUCUGGUCAAGCAGUAUAAAGUUUAUAGUUGAGCAGCACAUUCAAAGAGCUCAUCAAAUUAGCCACGGGUGCUCUCCGGGGAAGGGAGAUACGGGAGAAUGAAGCAGGCGGCAUUCUGGCCUGAGAGGCCCGGGCGUCCCCCGCUGCUCGGCUUCAAAGCUGUAUAUGGUCCCUUCCCCCAGAGGCCUGUUGCCAGUAUAUGUUUUUCUUAAGGCUGCAUCUAAACAUGCUUGGUAACUAAUUUCUCAUGGGUUAUAUUUUAAGUAAUACAUUGUUCUGAGGGACAGUUACACAAAACAAAAGAAUUUUGCCCUCAUGGAACCUACUUUCUGGGUGAGGAAACAGCAAUGUUCCUAACUCCCAUAGCAUGUGAGAAGGGGAUGGGUUCUGUGGAAAAGAGGAGAGCAGGACGGCAGUGAAGAAAAAGGGAGAGCGGAGUCCUGACAUUAGGAUGUCCGCAUUAGGGCUGGUAUGGAUGAUGCAUUCU